CAUUAAAGAAACAACAAAAAAGUAUUUUUGAUCUAUCUAAAACUGUGAAGUAUCUUGAAUAUGAUAUUUGUGAAGUUUGUGAUGAAGUUGUGAGAAGUAGUAAUAUGAGAUCUGGUAUAUUUAAAUUACCUCAAAAUUAUACUGGUACCAUUUUUGAACUGUGA